CGAAAUGUCAACUUGAUUUCUUCCAUGAUUCCGGGUUUUCGACAGUCGUGCAGCGUCGUCCACUUUGCCUCUGUUUCCUACUUCAGAUCGUUUUGUAUCCGAUUGACGAUUGGUGUGGAUUAGCACCGCAAGCACAUAUUGUUGUACGUAAGCUAGACCGACACGUUAAUCGUGAGAGCAGCAUCCUGGAAGUUUCCACCAUCAAGACCUAAGGGCACCACAUAUAUUAUCGAAUGGCGAAUGUGGAAAGAGAAGACAACAUGUUGAACGAGGAACAAGAAUCAUCUCAAUCCAACAGUAGCAAUGGCUCGAGUAGUGUGGUGCAGCCGUCCAGUUUCCAGCUGAAAUCAAGCGUCCUUAGACAGUCUACCUUCGGUGGAGCUUCGUUUCUUGGUGGAGGUGGAUCUUCAUCGAGCAAUAGCAUAUCAUCGUCACCGUCACUUGCCGGUUCUGUCGGUGGCGGUGCAAGCUUGGGAAAUAGCUUUAACUUGAAACCAAGCGUGCUAAAACCAUCACAGCUUACAUUUGGAGGAAUCGGAGGAAUCAAAGAAGGCAAUGGUGCGGCAGACAAAAAUGGUAACGACUCGGGUGGUAUCGCUUCCACAAACCCUUUCCUGAAGACGCAGUUCAGCGAAGAUGAACCAUCGGAGGCAGAUGCCAAAGCCAAUUCGGCCGAAAGUAGCAAAUCGGCUAUUGAAAAGGACGGCGACAGUAGUACGAACAGCAACAAUAUCGAUCCGUUGGCAAAGUUAAAGAGUGCCUCCCUGCCAAAAUCGAAUCUGUUCGCAAACGUUAAAAAAUCGGCGCUCAGUGAAGCUUCCUGCGGUUUCGUUUUCGGUCAGAAUGUACAUGAACGCGUGACGGGUGAGAAUCUGAAUAACGCCAGCGGCAAUAAUCUACCGACCACUGGCUUUUCAUUCGCUACCAGCGUGGCAGUAACUGGAGGCGAAACUGGUUCCGGCGGUACGGUUAAUGCAACCAGUGCAGUAUCGAACGCAACUGGAACCACGCCCGGCAAGGAAGGAUCAGAUUCGUCCGAUGGCAGCAGCAGGGAGCCAAAGGAUUGCGAAAGCCUGGAAGAAGCGGCCCGUCGGUAUGAAGAGAGCCGGGGAGCUUUAAAGCGCAAAUAUGAAGAGGUGGAAACAAUCACUGGCGAGGAAGAUGAACGGAAUGUGGUGGAAAUUAACUGCAAGCUGUUCGCAUUUGCAAAGUCAAACUGGGAAGAGCGUGGGCACGGCACGCUGAGACUUAACGACAAAGACAACAAUGAAUCUCGUGUUGUGUUUCGGCAGUCCGGAAAUCUACGUGUUUUGAUCAACACAAAGGUAUGGGCCGGAAUGGUGGCACAACAACCGAGUCAAAAAAGUCUGCGUCUAACAGCUAUUGACAGCAGUGGACAGAUAAAAGUAUUUCUUGUGAUGUCCCGCCCAGAUGUGAUUACGAAACUCCACAAAGAACUUUCGAAGCGCAUCGAAACGGCAAAACAAACGGCCGAGAUGGAAGCAGCGAAGGAAAACAAGGACGAUAAUAAAACUGUCAUUCCUGUCGAUCCCUCCUGCAUAGAUGACGCGGAAGCGGACGAUGGUUCCACAAUACCUGUGCCGGUGGAUAUGGAAAAUUUAGUUCCCAAUGCAGAAACGGAUGAACCGAGUUUGAAGAAACGGUCUAGCAUAACGGCACCGCCCUCCUCUUAAAAUAGGACCACACUAUUCUUGUACUGCUUGGUAGCGCAUUCUGAUCACUUCUUUUCUUACUUCCAUGUACUAUCAAUGUCGUUUUUUCUAAUGCAUCUUUGAACGAUUUCCUUAUAAUAAGAUGAUACGAUAACUUCAUACGGUUCCUUGCAAGUGUUAUUUUUGUUUUCGUAUAUUCUGAACAUUCGCCACUGUUAAAUUCCUAUCGUUAGUUUUAAUUGUGGACAUGAAUAUCAGUCAUAUAAGACAACGUGAGAUGAGGCAGAGCAUGCAUGGAAACGAUUGGAAACACUAAAAUGGUCGAAUAUCUAAUAGAAAUUAAAUUAAACAGACCUUCCCUAAAUGGAAGAAUUGAAAGUGUGGAAAGCAAUACAUUGCUAGUUGCGAUCUACUGUUCCGUGUUAAAAACUAUCAACAAGCGGAAUUCGUAAUUACAUUUGGUGUAGAGAAGAACAUUUACCUGUUGUGAAAAUGUAGAUCAUAUUGGUAGAGCAAAUAUCGUGAGAAACAAAAAUGCACUUUUAGAUACGAUACGCACGAAAACAAAAUACAAUUACUGUGGCAAUGUUUUGUAAAAUGCAACAAGUGGACUUAGUUUCGCGUGUUUCUUUUUUCUUCUUCGAGUAAACCCUUCAAGAUGUUCUAUUGUAAAA